AUGCCAGAGGUUAGGAUCAUUGCCAAAAAUUUCAUGGACAUGGUGGCUUCCAUGCCCGCCAUGAAGCUGGAUAAGCUCUAUGAAAAUGGAUUCAUCUGUGAGGCUAUUCUCAGGUCUCUUCCGCCUCUUGCGAAGAAAUACGUCAUACAGAUGCUGCAAAUUGAUGUGCCAGUGGCAGCUAAAUUGUUGGAGGAGUGGGUGCUUCCUGAUGGAGUUUCAAAACAUAGAGUAGCCGUUGAUAGGUUGGUUCAGUUGAGAGUUUUCCUUGAAGCCGUUGACAGUGGAACUUUGCCAAGGGAAUCAAUGCCUUCCAAUAUUACUGUAAGGCUUCCAACCUUAGAGAAUCUUGAGGCUUAUGCUCUAGAGCAAUGGGAGUGUUUCUUAUUGCAACUCAUAAGCCCAAUUCAUGCUGAUAAGCCCUUAAAUCUUAGCACUUCUUUGAUGAAAGUUUUCCAGCGACGUCUCUUGAGUCAAAGAGAUAAAGAAGCUCCAAAAUUAACUGAAAGUGGUUUCCAAUUUUUGCUGAUGGAUACAAAUGCACAACUUUGGUACAUCAUCAGAGAAUAUAUCUCUAAUUCUGAGGAGAGAGGUGUUGAUGCAGCUGAGUUGAUCUCAUUCAUGCUGGAACUUAGCUUUCAUGUCAUUGGGGAGGCAUACAGUAUAAACACAUUGACUGAUUUUCAGAGGAGCAUAAUUAAUGACCUAGCAGACCUUGGACUGGUCAAACUUCAGCAGGGCAGGAAAGGAAGUUGGUUUAUACCCACAAAAUUGGCAACCAAUCUUUCAAUGAGCUUGGCUGAUUCAUCGUCUAGAAAACAGGGAUUCGUGGUCGUGGAAACAAAUUUUAGAGUUUAUGCUUACUCAACUUCUAAAUUACACUGUGAGAUCUUGCGGCUAUUCUCAAGGGUAGAGUAUCAACUUCCAAACCUUAUUGUUGGAGCUAUUACAAAAGAAAGCUUGUAUAAUGCUUUUGAAAAUGGCAUUACAGCAGAUCAGAUAGUCACUUUCCUUCAGCAAAAUGCUCAUCCCCGUGUUGCGGAGAGGAUACCAUGCGUGCCUGAAAAUGUCACAGAUCAGAUUAGGCUGUGGGAAGCAGAUCUAAACAGAGUAGAGAUGACAGAUGCAUAUUAUUAUGAUGAGUUCCCUUCCAGAGAUGUAUUUGAAGGUGCAUGUGAUUGUGCUAGAGAAUGGAAUGGUUUGUUGUGGGAAGAUUCAAAGAAAAUGCAUAUGGUGGUUAAGACUGAGGUACAUCCAUAUGUACGAGAUUAUUUGCGCCGUCAAAAGUAG